AUGCCUUAUCUUGAUCAACUUGAUCAAUUUUCCAAAUGGUAUCGCCAACUCUGGGGAGAAAGUGUUGGAAAAGAUGGAAAAGGCACGACACCCAUUGACGCCUUAGGGACAAUCGAUCAACACAGCCAAAUUCAACUUUAUCUAGAUGGGCCACAAGAUAAGACUUUUUCUGUCAUCACGUUAAAAUCGAACCCAAUCCAAGAACCCCUUUUAAAAGUUUCGGAUCCUGAGCUGUCCUACCUUAACAACCAAACAAUGUUUGAUCUGUUACAGGCCGAAGGACAGGCAACCCUUGAAACGUUUAUUGCUCACAAUCAACCAACGCGCCAUAUUGAAAUUGAUACUUUGAACGAGAAAACACUUGGCGCAUUAAUGAUGUCCUUUAUGCUAGAAACAAUCGCUACUGCAGCUCUUCUUAAUGUAGAUCCAUUUGAUCAACCGGCUGUAGAAGAAGGCAAAAAGCGUACAAAAACGUUUCUUUUAGAAAAAGGAAUUCAGGAGACAGGAUAA